AUGAACAAGCUCCGCUUGGACGCCGACGAGGCGAUCGCCAAGAACGAGGAGCUGGCCGCCAAGGUCAAGGCCCUCGAGCAGGAGAACCUGGCCAAGGAGCAGGAGAUCACAUCGCUCUCGCACAAGAACGGCCUGCUGGAGUCCGAGGUCGACAAGCUCGACACCCAGGUCAAGGACCUGAAGAAGUCGGCCGACGAGGGCCACGCAACCGGUACGCAGAACGAGACCCUGCAACGCAGACUCCAGCUCCUCGAGGAGGAAGCCGAGGAGGCAGAUAAGACCCUUCGUGAGGCCAAUGAGAAGCUCCGCCAGACUGACGUAAAAGCCGGCCACUUCGAGCGCAAGGUCCAGGCACUCGAGCAGGAGCGAGACCAGUGGGAGACCAAGUACGAGGAGAUGCGCGCCAAGUACGACCAACAGGAGAAGGAGCUGGAGGAGCUGCAGAAGGAGCUUGGUACCCUCUAA